CACUGAGCAAAGCCAAAACAUCCUUCUCAUGCUCGAUUGGUUCUACUAGUUGAGUAAUCAGUCAAUCCAACCGACCUAAAGCAGCACACGGUCACGAAGGUUUCACAACGAAAGCGAGUCCCGUCUACGCAUUCCUGGUGCAAGUACGCAAAGUACGCCGGGAGCCAGGGUGAGCCAUCAUCGGUGCUUCCGGCGCUGCCGGCGAUCUCUGACUGUGUCUCUGGGAGGAAAGUACCGACAUCCCAACCGAGCAAUAAAAUGACCGGUUCAGUCGCUUCCUCUUUGGCUACUGGCCGGCUGUUGAGAAGCGAUAGGCGUAAAAGUCAACAUGCUCAGUUACACGAGGAAAUUUUCCAUCAGCUUCCAGAUCACAUCCCUGUGAAACGAAAACGGCCUUCCGCUGAUGACCCUACCUUCGAACAAGAUGGAGGACAGUCAAGCAAAAGCAAGACGCCGAACGACAGGAAGAAGCUUACCCCUGCCCAGAAAUCGAAUAACGCUCGGGUACGCAAGGAAGCCCGGCACCUCAAGAAAAUACAGGAGAAGGAGACGAGUAUGGCUUGGAAAGAUGGCCAAGCCAUUCAUUUAUUCGAUCUGCCGCCUGAAAUUCUCGAGAUGAUAUUCUCCCUCGAACAAGACUUAUCUGUCAAGGACUAUAUGUGCCUGUCUGGAACCUGUUGGUACUUGAGGUAUCCCUUCCUCGACGACCAAUUGUGGCGGAGUAUCUACAAGGCCAAGUAUCCAUAUGAGGCCAUUGCGGACAGGGAACCGAUCACCGCCACAUGGCUAACAGAGUCAUCAGGCCAGAGAGACGACGGGUACACCACUUUUCCCUUCGAGAGACGGUAUCGCGGAACGAUCAGGAAAAGCGAGGCGUGUCAUUUUGAUCUGGCGAUCCGAGAGCAAGCACAAACCAGAGUGUUGAGAUUAAUCGGACAUGGGCAAGAAAAGCCAGCGAUCGAAUCUGAAGCAAUCCGAACUCAAGCCCUUCUGAACGAUUACAACAAAUUCUCUCAGCGUCAACUUUAUAGUCGAGGGGAGCUUAGUCCCUCUUAUUACAAGAACUUGAAGCCUACCAAUAGGUCUCAGUGGGAGGAGGUUUUGACUUGGUUCGCAUCUCGACUACCACUGAGUCGCACCGAAGCUGCGAUCUUUGGGAUUACCGGAACGGAUCUUCCUCUCAAGACAAGAAUAUGGAAGUACGGCCCAUGGCAAACCUUCUGUCUGCGAUCGGUCAAUUUCCCCUGUUACUCGAAAGCGGAGGCAAUCAGAUACUUCUGGUUAAGCCCGGAGGAUUUGGAAACGAUCACAGACAUGAAUCUGAAGCUCCAGUCUUUGCCAACCGAUGGAGUGUCAAAUGUAGUACAGUCAACAAAGAAAGCGGCCACCCAGAUGUACUUGAAAGCAGACAUCCGAGCUCUUUACGACAACCGUAUGCCUGCAAUCAUCGAGAGUCGCAAGGCCCUUCGGCGCACCGCCAUGGGAUUGCAAGAUCACAUAAACGCUAUCACGGAGAAAACGCAAUCGUGUACUGAAUGCUGGUCGCGACAUACGAAAAAGUCACCCCGCAGCCACAUCUGGUGGUUUGACUUUCCUGAACACACGCCGGAGGAUACCCGUAUAUUGCGAAGACGUCUCCGAAAAUUAGGAUGGACUUAACACCUCCAAACGAGCCGGCUAUGACGACUGUCGCCGAGAGAUCUGUAGCCACCGCUUUUGGAGUUGGCAUAUCGAGAGCAGUGAAGAAUGUACCAUAACAUAUGAAGCGAUGUGACCUUGCAGCGUCACAACCAGCAUUGCAGAUUGGCUUCCAUGUAAAACAAGUAAUAUGUCUCGGUGGAAAUACUGGAGCGAAGUUAGUAGUCACUUCCCCUCGAUACAACCUCCUUACAAGUCGGCCUGAGCAAGAUGGUAUGUUCAAAUUGAGCUGUCAUGCACCUGAUCAUACAAGCAGUGUCAGCGUAUAUCUAAGCCGUUCAC